GUCUUCGGACGCUGCCUCCGCGCCACACAGAAAGGAAAAAGUAUCUCUCUCUCCCGCGCGCGCGGGUGAGCCGGGGACCCUCCUACGUCUCGCCACCCUGCUGGUAUAGCCCGCCGGUCGUCCACGCCAUGGCCACCCAAUAUGCGCGGCUCUCCCUGCCAUGCCGCCUGCCCUCGCCGCUCCCUCCGCCGGUGCCGACGACGACCCGCCGGCUGCCGCGCGCCGCGGCGGCGGCGGCGUCCACCUCCCCGCGGUGCCCACGCGUCGGGGGCGCGGCGGCCACGCGCGCCCGCGGCCCGUGCCGGCCUCGCGCCUCCGAGGGCGAAGUGCAGCAGCAGGAGGCGGAAGCGGACCAGGUGGUGGACAGCAACAUGCUGCCCUACUGCAGCAUCAACCGCAAGGAGAAGAAGAGCAUCGGGGAGAUGGAGCAGGAGUUCCUCCAGGCGAUGCAGGCCUUCUACUACGAAGGCAAGGCGAUCAUGUCGAACGAGGAGUUCGACAACCUCAAGGAGGAGCUCAUGUGGGAAGGGAGCAGCGUCGUGAUGCUAAGCCCAGAUGAGCAGAAGCUUUUGGAAGCCGCCAUGGCGUAUGUCUCGGGCAACCCCAUCAUGACGGAUGAUGAAUUCGAUCAACUAAAGCUGAGACUAAAGAAAGAAGGAAGCGACAUUGUACAGGAAGGUCCAAGAUGCAGCCUACGGAGUCGAAAGGUCUACAGUGACUUGACUGUUGACUACUUGAAGAUGUUGCUCCUAAAUGUUCCCGCAGCUGUUGUAGCUCUGGCACUAUUCUUCUUUUUGGAUGAUUUCACGGGAUUUGAAAUCACAUAUCUUCUUGAGUUGCCGGAGCCUUUCAGUUUCAUCUUCACAUGGUUCGCCGCACUGCCUUUAAUAUUUUGGGUAGCGCAGGCGAUCACUAAUGUCAUAGUGAAGGACUUCCUGAUCUUGAAGGGUCCGUGUCCAAACUGCGGGAAUGAAAACCUCUCCUUCUUCGGUACCAUACUGUCAGUGCCUAGCGGUGGCUCAAAAAACAGCGUGAAAUGUGCAAGUUGUGGCACUGAGUUGGAGUACGACUCUUCAACCCGAUUGAUCACACUCCCAGAACCGGCUGAGGCUAAAUAAGUGAUGGCGUGGUUUCGAUUUCGCUAGCAGGAAAGACGGCCCGGCCGGCCCGCAGAUUCUUGAUCGACGACAGUACGAAGCAAGACUGUUCUUGGAUCGGGUGGCAAUCGUGGAGUGAUGUAUGUUUGCUGUGCUAGUCUGUGUGUAUAUAUAUUUGAACAAGUUUAGACACCUGUAUUAUAUAGAUCUAAUGAAAUGGGUAUAUGUAUGUGCAUAGAGUGUACAAAGAAAAAUUUAAUAAGCCGAGUUAUUGUAUGUUUUUUCUCCUCCUAUAUAUUGCUGUUACCUAGUCGGCUACUACAAACAAUGAGGGAUAAACAAGCAAAUAAACAACGAUUUCUCGAUGGAAA